GAGUGCGCGCCGUUCGGUCGGUUCGGCGUUUGUGUCAGCGCCGUCGACGAAACGGGCGCAGUCGGUCUGGCGUGAGUGUAGCCGGCGAGUCGUGCUAGGGCCGACGACGCGCUGCCAAAACACCACGCCGGUACAGUUUGCCGACGACGACCGGCCGCGUUGGUGAACCUGACCCUUCCACCGCCUCGACGACGGUCGCGCAAGCCGAUGCAUGAUUGAUCACCGACUGAUGGGUCGUGACAGCAUCAUCUAGUUGCGGCAACGCGCUACCGCGAUGUCCGCUGAUGCAUCCUGCGGUCUCUGUCACUGCCCGUCGUGUUUUGUCGCCGUGCGAGCGUUCGCGUUUCGCUGGCCGACGGCAGCGCACAGUGACUAGAAGUCGCCCCGACGAAACCAAAGGACGCGUCUCAAGCAGAAGUUGGCGAUUACCUUCGAAGUGGCUGCCGGGACUCCGCUCCGCAUCCUCUCUGACCGUGGUUUCGCUUCACCGCGUAGCACCUUCCGCCUCGCUUCUGCCGGGGGACCGGAAAUUUACUCUUUUAUUUUUUUUUUCGGCGACGAAAGCAAGGAUUUGAUGGCUCGCUGUUCGAGUGUGAUUGGUUCGUGAAAGUGUGACUGAGAGUGUGAUUGCAGGCGGCGCCCGAUCGGCGACGUCGCCCAGACUGCGCGAUGAGGUUGUGCGCGUGUGUGAUUGACGUGCUCCUGACGUUCCUCGCCGCGUCUCUGCUGGGUGCGCGACCGGCGUCUUCCGUCAGCGCGGGAAAGCCGAACGCUCAGGCGCCGCAGCUGGAAGCCCAGUUCAUCAACCAAGUCGUUGCCAAAGUAGAGAAGCUGCUCAUGGUCGGGUCGGGGAAUACAGAGGCGCUGCAGUACGAGGUGUUCGAGCCGCACAUGGACCUACGGCCCGCGACGCGCAAACGUCGUCGGAAAAGGCGGCGACGGCGGCGACAUCUGGAGGAAGGCAGUGGUGGAGACAGCGCCGACUUGAGCCUCGAGCUGCCGGCCUUCGGGCAGACCCUGAGGCUGGACCUCGGACAGACUGAGGAGCUCAUCUCGAGCCAGUUCCAAGUGGUGGAAGAAGGCGCCUCGAACAGCAGCGCUAGGCGGCGCCGACGCAGAGACGUCACUUCCGGCGAAGAGCUGCCGGACGCAUCUUGCUUCUACCAGGGGCACGUGCGGGGGAUCGCCCGAAGCAAGGCGGCGUUGUCAGUCUGCUCGGGUCUGAGGGGCCUGAUCGUGCUGCCGGGUGCGACGUACUUCGUGUACCCCAUCUACCCUCUAGCCAGCGACCGCCGUGGGACGGGCGUCGGUGCGGGGGCCGCCACCAACGCCACCUCGUCGCCGCACAUCCUGGCCCGCGCGGACACGCACAAGCCGCUACGGUGCGGCCACUGCGAGAGGGGUUCUCGGCCGGACAACGGAACGCGCUCGGCCAGGGUUCCCGCCGACGACUGGAAGUCCCGGCGGAGGAGGACCAGGACCAGGCGACGGGUGGGGGGACCGUCGCCGUCGGCCAACAGUGGCGGCCGACGGAGGAACCACCGGGACGGGGGCGAGGCCCUGGUCGAGACCGCGGUGUUCGUGGACCAGGCGCUGUACCAGGCCAUGGCCAGGGCCUUCCCGGGCGAGGACACCGACCGGGAGCUGAUCACAUACGUCCUGACCAUCAUGAACGCGGUACAAAUGCUCUUCAAGCAUGAAUCGUUAGGGAAGAACAUUGACGUGACUGUCGUCGAGCUGGAAGUACUGAAACUCCAACCAAGGGACCUGAGCCCGUCAGAAAACAUCGACACGUACCUGACCAACUUCUGCGUGUGGCAACACCAGAGAAGAAGGGCCGCCUCUGCCCAGGGCACGCCAAAAUGGGACCACGCGCUUCUCUUAUCAGGGAUCAACAUGUUCGUCGUGGACGAGAAAGGACUGCGAAAAAGACACGUCGUCGGACUCGCCCCGGUGAGCGGAAUGUGCAACUCUCUUAACAGCUGCACCAUCAGCGAGGGAACCAGCUUCCAGAGCGUCUACGUUGCCAGCCACGAGAUGGGACACAGCCUGGGCAUGGAGCACGACGGCUCCCAGGACGGGAACCCGUGCGACGUGGACAACUACGUGAUGUCGCCCACUCUGGGAGCCGGCAAGACGAGCUGGUCGUCCUGCUCGCGCCAGUACGUGACCAAGUUCCUGCGGCUGCCGGCCGCUUCGUGCGUCUUCCAGCGGGGCACCCGCGACGUCGACGCCAACCUGCUCGCGGCGCGCAAGGGGCCCCUGCUGCCCGGCGAGAUCUUCUCGGCCGACCGCCAGUGCGCGCUGCGCUUCGGUUCCGCCAGCCGACGCACCGCUCAGCAACCGCUCCAGGACAUCUGCCGAAUGCUGCGGUGCGAGAUGAACCGUGGCAUCACGCCAGUCUCGUUUGCAGCGCACCCUGCUCUUGAAGGAACACCAUGUGCUGAAAAUAUGUGGUGCCGGUCUGGCUACUGUGUGGCUCGCCGGGACGAGCUGGAGCGGCGUCGGUCGCGGGACCCGCCCGUCGACGGCGGCUGGGGACCCUGGUCGUCAUUCGGGACCUGCCGCUCGGACUGCGUGGCGAGGGGCGACUACGCCUACGUCGGCGUCAAGGUGUCCCGACGCCGGUGCGACAGGCCGAGCCCACAAAGCGGGGGCCGUUUCUGUGAGGGCUCCGACAAGAGAGUGCAGAUCUGUGAUGCAACGCAGCUGUGCACGACGUCCAAGAACCAACGCCUGCUGGACGAGUUCGUGCUGAGCAUCUGCCGCCAGGCAUCGGCACGGGACAAGAGCAUCGAACCGUAUGGCACGCAGUUCCCCAGUAGAGACUACACGCACUCGUGCUACGUGUGGUGCCGCAAGCGCGGAGGCGGCUACAUGACCCACGGCUGGCGCAUCCCCGACGGCACACCCUGCUGGAGCCUGAGCCAGAGGAGGCAGGCCAGGAACAUCAACCGCUACUGCGUCGACGGGGAGUGCCAGGCGUUCGACUGCUACGGCCGCAGCACGGAGAACGACUCGGCCGAGGCCACGUGUCCCGUCCGCCAGUCGCCCCUGAUGGCAGCCUCCGCGUCGGCCAGCCCCCGCGGUGUUGUACCCUCCGGCUGGGGACCAUGGCACGCAGUCAGCGAGUGCCGACACUCCUGCCUCGCUGCCGGCUCGGGCUUCCAGCUCGUCGCUCGAGAGUGCAACGCCAUAUCGCGGUGCACUGGAAAGAAGGAGACGUACAAGCUCUGCGACUCCACACGGAAGUGUCGGGGUAUGGUGACAGCAGACCAGUACGCGACCAAGGUGUGCGAGAAGUACCGGCGGAAAUACUCCAGCCUCCUCAGCGGACGAGGAAGGCAGCUGCCGCUGCAAACGGGCAACCCGCACGUGUCGUGUGUGGUGGCAUGCCAGGACCGCGUGUGGAAGGACACUCACUACCAGAUGGACGUGUUCGAGGAAGGACGCUUCCCUUUCGGCACCGACUGCAGCGGUGGACAGGGAAGGGCCUUCUGCGUCUCUGGACGAUGCCAGAAAUUUACCGAAGAAGGAACGCCCCUCGAUGAAGAGAGUGUGACGCCCCGUGCCCUGCAAAGGAAGCGUCGACGGCGCAGAAUCAAGCGCCACGCGCCCACGCCAGGAAACAAGGCAACGAAGGCAGCCGUCGAGGAAGGCGACGUCCGGUGGGGCGCCGAGCGCCAGGCGCGGCUAACGCUUUCGGACACGAAUCAGACCUCGGAGGUUUCGCCCUGGUGGAACGUUCACAUGUCCGACUGCUCAUUACCGUGUGGCGGAGGCACGCACAACGUGACGGUCCAGUGCGGUGCGUCGAGAGCGCACCCGAAUGACAGCCGCUGCGACCAGGGUCGGAGACCCGCGCUCAAGACGGGCCCGCUCGCUUGCAACACGGAGCCCUGCACAGGAAGGUGGCACGUGGAACCGUGGGGUGCCUGCGUGCGCGGCGUCCUGCAGAGCCGCCUGGUGGUGUGCGUGGAGCCACAGGAGCCAUCAUCUUUAUUCUCGCUAGUCCCCGACGGCCGCUGCCCGCCGCCCCGUCCAACACGUCUCAGGAAGUGCGCGCCACCGCCGGCAGAAGGCGCCACAUCACUGCCUCGAACGAUCGCCGCUUCGUCACCACGGCUAAUGCUCGGCUUCUCGUGACGUCCACAAGACGUCCGCUCUUGUACAGGUGAACCUUGCAGUGGCACUCUAGAAAACUUCACGCUCGCCGAGCUGCUGUGCGGCCCGCCACCCAGUGGCCUCCUCCAGAAGAUGUCUGCUCGCUGCAGCCUCGCCAGGGGGCGCUUGUUUCGCCCGCACGUUAUAACUUAUUUGUUAAGCAUUGUCUUAGCUCUGUCACUUAAUAAAACACAUUGCCAUGUUCGUGGUUGCCCCAGUUUUGGAGCGGUAGUUGGAACAAGUGCCUCUCUGGAUACGUCAACAUUGCGGAAGAAACGGAGAAAACUAUCGAGCGACUCAAAUCCGCAUCACACCACUGGUCGUCGUCUUCCCAAGGGGAUGUGGCGUUGCAGCCUCCUGAAAUUUGCCUGCGCCAAUUGAUCUGGUGUGUUGCUUUUAUAUAUGCGUCUGCUGUUUUGUAAAUCUUUCAGAAGAGCGGUCCAGCUGACCACGGAGUAAAGGUUGUAUAGACAGAAAAUCUGCUUGAAAAAAUGCGACAUAUGUUUAGUACUUGCUGCUGGGCUAGUUGGUGUAUGCCAAAUAAUAAUUAAUUUAGCUCCAAAAGCACAAUCACACUGAAGGGAGGACAUAAAAACAGAAUCGGAUGAGGGAAUAUGGACUUAAUGUCAAAAAUAAGGACAGCGUGCAUGGAUGUGAGCACCACUUUGCAUAGGUAUGAAUUUUAGGAACAAAGUAGCUCGCGAAAACUUGGAAUCCAAAAAUACUAGCAAAAGUUGUGACACAUCAGUAAGCUUGUUUGAUUCAAGAAUGCAUUAUCUGGAAAGUGUUUGUGUUUUGUUAGCUAUAAGCAAGGUGUGAGCGCAUGCACAGUGCUCAUACGCUAUGGAAAUAGAACAUACUUUUUAUAUGCCUACGGUCCUUCUAUCUGCAAAAAUAAAGAGUUGAAAGUAA